CCACUUGUAAGAUUGGCUAGAAGGAGCCAAGCUUGUAAGCGCUCAUUUCUUGCAUAACUCUUUAAUUUCAACAUGCAACCUGUCGCAGUUUAAUUAACUUGUUGAUACCAUCAAAAUGUCAUCGAAAACACCACCCAAAAUUGGAACUACUCCCCUUGCUUUUUUAGAUGUGCUUAAGCAGGUCACAUCUUUUAGGGUAACAUCAGUUUUUAGUUCUCGUUCACCUACCCAAAUCGACAACUACAUCUUUAAGCUCCAUUCAACCGUGACAAUUUUAAUUCUAUCAAUCUCCAUCGUUUUUGUUGGUAUGAAACAGUACUUUGGAGACCCAAUCGAAUGUUUAAAUGCUGGUUCCCCUCAACUAACUCAAGCUCAGAUGCAACAUUUUUGCUGGAUGGAAGGAGCGUUCACCAUUAUCAGUAGAUAUUCAGGGAAUCCAGAACGUCUAGCUGAAGUGACGGGACUGGACAAUGCCUACCCUGGGAUAAAAAGUUACCAUCCACACAAAGGUGAUCUUAAAAUGCCCCAUAAAUACUAUCAAUGGGUUUAUUAUAUAUUAUGCAUUCAGUGUAUCCUAUUUUAUGCGCCAAAGUACUUAUGGAAGAGAAGAGAAGGAGGUAGACUACAAGAUCUCAUCGAUAAAAUCAAAGAUCGACACAUUCUGCAGUACGAGGGUCUAGACCGAUUUCAGGUGGUCCAAGACACUUUAGAUGUGAUGCUGAUUGCUGACGAGUUUUUUAGCUGGAUUUUUUUCUCGGAGCUGCUAUACCUUUUACAUCUCGUGAUGGAGAUAUUUUUCCUGAAUGCAUUUCUUGGUGGCAAAUUUUUAUUGCUCGGUUUUCAAUGGCUUCACUAUACGCUCAACUCUGAUAAUAUUGCAUUCGAUCCGUUGAUUAGGAUGUUUCCUCGUCUAACUAAAUGCUCAUUUCAUAAGUAUGGUACUUCUGGUUCCCUAGAGACUUACGACACACUAUGUUUCAUGCCAUUAAACAUAGUCAACGAGAAAGUUUUUGUGAUACUUUGGUUUUGGUUUUUGGCUCUUCUUCUCGCUACAAUUUAUCAUAUUUUUAUUUAUCGAACUAUUAUGAUCUCAAUACCUUGGUAUCGAUACAAAAGACUUGCAGCUAUAGCCCCAACUGCGAAUAAACGUUUUUUGAAAAAAAUAUCUAAACGUCCUGGUCGGUGGUUUGUAAUGAAUACAAUUGCAGCUAACUUAAAGCCUUAUUUCUUUAGAGAUCUCCUCGAUAGACUUCAAGAAGAUCACUUCACUGAAAAACUCUGCCUUGAAACCAAAGUGACUAUGAAUAAUUUUAUUGUCGAUGGUAAAGUACCAGUUGGUAAUACUUUCAUCGUUGCAGUGGAAAAAAAGAAAGAAAAGGAUAAAGAUUCAUCCAAGAAGAAGAAAAAGGAUAAGGAUAAAGACAAGGAUAAAGACAAGGAUAAAAGCCCAUUUACAGAUUCAGGUGCAAAGGAAGAGACUUCGGAUUGGCCCGAUUCUACAACCGACACUACGACAACGAAAGAUACUUCUGGUUGGGGUGACUGGGGUAAUGAAUGGGAUUCUAAAGAUCCUAAAUGACAUCACGACAAAUUAGCUAUUAGUCAGUAGUUAGUUUCCACUAGACUUUCCAAUUUCAGACAAAAAAUACUUUAAACUCAAAAUAUCUCAAUUAGUCAACAAGUUCAAAAUGAUUAAGAAAGACAAAAAUGUCAUUUAACUGUUUAUACUCAUCGUAAUUAUAAUGGUGACUAUCAAAUGAACAAACUAACAAGGUUAGUUUAACUGGUCAAAAUUCAUCAUAAUGACACUUAAUCGCCAUGCUAGUCAAGCUUAAAUUUAAAGUCAAAUCUUCAAACUUCCAUUUAAUGCAAUAUUUAAUCAAUUGGCUCAUCUUUUCGUUGAUCACCAUCAUCGUUAUUCUCAUUGUUUAUCUAUUCAUUUUUCUUGCCGUUAAAUCAUUAUAGCUCUAUUUUCAUACGUUUCUUGUUUAAUACUUAACUCUCUAGAGUUAUCAAAUUAAACUACAAUCAAAACCCCUCUUUGUAUUAACUUUUUCAUAAUAUAAACUUUUUCAAAAUAUAUU